AUGCCGCCGUUUCGCAUUGUCAUCGUGGGAGGCGGGAUCGCUGGAUUUACUGCAGCGAUCGCUCUUCGUGGACCAAACAGACAGAUCACGGUCCUUGAGCAGUCCAGACUCAAUAAGGAAAUUGGUGCUUUGAUUUCACUGCAACCGAAUGCAUCCAGGAUUGUCGAGUCUACUUGGGGACUAAAGAAGGGACUGGCGGCGGCUAGAGAAAUUGUCGAUGAAGGGUUCCGUGUCUAUAACACCGACGGAAUUCUCGCCAACACCGUGCCUCUAACCACUAAGACGGAAUUUGGUGCAGACCGGUUGUGUUUUCACAGAAGAGAUCUUCAUGAUCAGUUCAAGGGGGCGGCAGUCUCUCCCGACCGUGCAGGCGAGCCGGUGACAGUCCGAGUCGCCUCAAGGGUAGUUGACUGCAGUCCCCUGGAUGGCACAGUCACCCUUGAUGGAGGGGAGGUCAUUACGGCAGAUUUGAUUGUUGCCGCUGAUGGAAUUCACAGCGUGAUCCGCAAGCACGUUUUGCAAGAAGAGCCUUCUCCAUUACCCACGGGGCAUUCUGCCUAUCGCCUGAUGAUUCCCUCUGAGACCCUGGAAAAGGAAGAGCUAGAGUUCUGCUCCAAGAUCAAUCCUCGUGAGCCUUUCACCUCGAUGAUGGUUGCCCAUAACUGUCGACUAGUUAUGGGGCCUGGCAGGCAAGGUGAGGUGUACGGUAUUACUGCAUUGGUGCCCGACGAGCAAAUGAACGAGGACCCUGGCGCAAAGCAGUCCUGGGUUUCCGAAGGAGACCUAGGCAAGAUGCUGCAGACCUUUUCGGAGUUCCCUCCCUGGGUCACAAGUAUCUUUAAACACUCUGUGGAUCUCGGACUAUGGCAAUUGCGUGAUUUGGAUCCCCUAAAGACUUGGCAUCGUGGCCGAGUCAUUCUCAUUGGAGAUGCUGCACAUGCCAUGCUCCCUACACAGGGCCAGGGUGCUAGUCAAGCAAUUGAAGAUGCGGAGGCCUUGGGAGCCUUCUUCGAAGGUGUCAACGAGCCGCCCUCAGCAGAGACAUUGUCGGAGAUUUUGGAAAAUAUAUUCCAGGCUCGUUAUUCUCGCGUCAGCCUGAUCCAGGCAUACAGCAGGGAGGCGGCCAAGCCAGCGGCUGCAAAGAAGACGGUCACUUUGAGACCCGACGAGUUCAUGAAGUUCAAUUAUUCAGCGACUCGAGACGCUGAAUGGCCGAGGCCGUUGGUUGUCAAGGAUUUUAGCUCUGCAAAUCACUUUGGCCAGUUCAAGCCAUCGGCAAGUCGUGGCCCGCAAAAUCCCACGCUCUCCCGAUCGCCGCCCUUCGGCCCUCCGCACAUAAAUCGGUCUCUCGUCCACUUUUGUCUUCCCCACUUCCCCCGAGGUUCCAUCAUGCCCGACAGUCCGGAGAACCCUCGACGUUCCCCGCGUAGGGUCGUGAAUCAUCGCUGUCCGCACUGCGACAAGGCGUAUGAACGGCCGGACCAUUUGGCGCGUCAUCUAGAUUCACAUCGCAAUGAACGUGUGUACCAAUGUCCGACCUGUCAACGUGGUUUCAAUCGCCGGGAUGUCUUGCAGCGACACCAGGCCGUCCAUGAAAAAGAUGAGGCGGAAGGUAAGACCUCGACUCGACGGACAAAGGAGCGCGCAAUUGAAGCGUGUGAAGCGUGCGCGACUGCGAAACUAAGCUGUGACAACGAAAGACCCUGCAAACGAUGCCAUUCGAAACAGAUACAAUGUGUUCCCAGAUCUAAAGGCACCCGUCGAUCAAGCGAGCGCCUAUCGUAUCCUCUGUCGCUCCCACCAUAUUCGCCGCAUGUCGGAGGCCCAGCGCCGGAUCUAUCGACUCUCACAGCAACACCCGAAUCGGGACCGUCUGAAUUCAGUGUUCCACCGCCAUCAGAAUCAUUCUCGGGGAAUGCGCAUGAGAUGUACGACUCGAAUAUCGCACCACCUGGCGAGAUGGCAUUAGAAGCCUUCAUCCCGCAAAGGAAUGUGCAGGCGUAUUCUCCUCUGAACGGAUUUCCUGCAUUUUUCGAACAGGUCAUGUUGCCAGGUCUGGAGGCCGAUGAUGCAGCUCACGGUCCACAACAGCCGCGAGUGUUCGACUUCAUGCAGGACACCGAUUUUACUUUUUCGGAUACCGACAUAUUUGGUACGGACUUUAUACCAGAUCUCGACAAGAUCCUCGAUAUUCCGAUCGCAGUUUCCGAAUUCGAGGAUCCUCGACAAUCCCCGCCAGAUGACCAAGAGUCCGCGAGCCGGCGUGCUGCAGCUUUUGGGCGGUCUUUAUGGCUGUGGGUCCCAGAGAAAAAUCAACAUGCAUUUAGUGAAGAGAGACGAAUCCCCUUGCGCGACAGUGAUAGUAUCCCAUCCGAUCACCAAAUCCGGUUGGAUGCAAUAAAAAUACCUGGAAAACUCUCAUAUCAAGCACGAGAUGAUAUCUUAAAGUUGGUCUUACGGACCGGAGGCUCACGACUUUCAGUCACAACAUUCCCGUCUGCAGACUAUCUUGACACGCUCAUCAAAAUCGGCAUUGGGAAGCGAACCGAGACAGAUGCGUGGAUUCACCCCUACACCUUUUACGACUCAAUUUAUCAACAGUUGCACCCUGAGCUACUUACAGCGUUGGUCGCGGCAGGCUGUGUGUGCUGUGGAAUGCCCUCUAUCAAUAAGACUGGUAUCAUUCUGCAAGAAAUUACGAGAGUGGGCCUGGCACAAUUAGUUGAAGAUGACAACAGUGUGCUACGCGAUCUGCAAUAUUUGCAGGCCUCAAUGAUAUGGCUGGAUAUUGGAGUUUUCUGUGGCUAUACCCGGAAAAUGCAGAUCGCUGAAAGCUAUUUGCAGCCACUCUGCACGGCAGUGCGUCGUGGUGCGGCUUUUGACAGGUCAACGUACACGGUCAUCACUCCAUAUACAUUUGGCAAUGAUGAUGAAUCAUUACGACGAGCAUGGCAUGCUUGGGUACGACAAGAAUCUCUCAAAAGACUUGUAUAUCAUUUGUUCGGCCAUGACGUGGAGGUAGCCACAGCUAUGAAUCGACCUGCUAUCAUCUCCUACACGGAGUUGACGCUGCCAUUCCCCUCAGCCAGAGAGCUCUGGCUUGCUCCAACCGCCAGAGCCUGGAGGGAUAUUUGGACAGCCAAGUACCGGUUGACUGGCUGCUCUGAGUUGAAUCUGCGUGAUCUACUUUCAGAUCCAUCAUUGAUGAGUCAACUACCUCCGGACCUUGACCUGGAAAUUGCGAGAUCUGCACUGCUACAAGGUCUUGCUCUGCAAGUGUGGGAGUUCCGCCAGCAGAUGCUUCUGUCCCAGAACUCCCGAUCUGGACCACGUGCGACUACUCGGUUGUGGUUGCAAAGUCGACAAGAAGACCUAUAUACAACCCUCCGGGCCGUGCAGGAAGACUCCCCAAGCGCCCCGCCUGUCACAACAUUAAUGAACGAGUUCGUGAUGAUGUACCUCCACAUUGACAUCGACGCCAUCCAGCGGUUCGUCGGAAAGAUGGGCGAGCUAGACGCUCGUCGCGCCUACCCUGGUCUCCGAGACUGGAGCCGCACCAAAGAAGCGCGGUCCGCCAUCUGGCACGCCGGCCAAGUGCUUCGCGCGGCCCGGAAAGUGGUCGCAUAUGAGUUCCGCGGGUUUGAGUCCUUGGCUAUCUACCAUGCGACACUGGUUCUGUGGGUAUACGGGUUACUCCAAUGUGGCGAGACCAAGCGACACGAGGUAGCCACCCCCAUGAGCGAAGCCGAUCCCACUCCGCAAGUUCCCCUGGAUGGCCCCGAGGACCAAGUGACCAAGGCCUUUUUGGGUCACGGCGUCGGGCGACCCGGAUUGAUGAUGGUUCAGUCCCGCGGUGGCAAUGAAGGGAAUGCCAACAAGGUUUUCUGUGAAUUAAGCAAGCCUCGUGCGGUAAUGGCUGUAGCGCGGCAGGUGUUUGAAGGCAAUUGUCCGCUUCCCUUGCCGGAUGAUAUGCUUCCACCGAUGAUUCAAAACUUGUGUUCUCUGAUUGAGGAUUUGGGGAAUCUACGAUGA